AUGCCUCCUCCACCGCAUACCAAACCCGAGAAUGUGCUCAAGCGAGCACAAGAACUCAUCGCUGUCGAGCAGUCUCCAGCUGCUCUCACUAUCUUACACGAACAUGUCACGUCUAAAAGAUCCAGAAAUAGCCCCAUCACUUCUCUUGAACCUGUAAUGAUACAGUUCGUUGAGCUCUGUGUAGACCUCAAGAAAGGCAAAUUAGCGAAAGAUGGACUCUACCAAUACAAGAACACUGCACAAAACACGAAUGUUGGCACGAUUGAGCUCGUCCUCAAAAAGUUCAUUGAACUCGCAGAGGCCAAGGUCACGGAAGCUCAAGCAAAAGCAGAUGAGGUCCAGUCGAUCCUUGAGCCUAUCGCUUCCGGUGCGAACGUGGAGGAUCUCGAGGCUAUAGAGACACCAGAGUCAAUACUACUAUCCACUGUCUCAGGCGAGCAAUCCAGAGACCGAACAGACAGAGCUAUCGUUACACCAUGGUUGAAAUUUCUGUGGGAGACCUACCGUACUGUGUUGGAGAUUCUGAAGAACAAUGCGCGACUGGAAGUCAUGUAUCAGUCUACAGCUAUGCUGGCAUUUACGUUUUGUCAGCAUUUCGCCCGCAAGACAGAGUUCAGAAGACUGUGCGAGCUACUACGAAAUCAUGUCCAGAAUGCGGCCAAAUACCAGUCACAGAUGCAUGCGAUCAAUCUGAGCGACCCUGAUACCUUGCAGCGUCAUCUCGACACUCGUUUCCAGCAACUUAACGUUGCUGUAGAGCUCGAACUAUGGCAAGAAGCUUUCCGCAGCGUGGAGGACAUUCACACGCUCCUCAGCUUGAGCAAGCGCCCAGCGAAGAACAUCAUGAUGGCGAACUACUAUGAGAAGCUUACUCGAAUAUUCCUCGUCAGCGAGAACUAUUUGUUCCAUGCUGCUUCCUGGAGUAGAUACUACAAUCUCCUUCGUCAAUCUGCGAACACGGUCGCUUCGGGCCAAAGUCUGAAGAAAGACAACCCUGCAGUAACGGAAGCGGAUAUGAGCAGGGCGGCGUCAUUCGUCCUACUCUCGGCACUUUCAAUUCCCGUCAUAAGCACGUCUCGUUCCCGUGGAGCUCUCAUUGACGUUGAUGAGGCUCGCAAAAACAAGAACAACCGCCUUACCAACCUGCUUGGAAUGUCUCACGCGCCAACUAGGGCUGUUCUUUUCAAGGACGCUAUGAGCAAAGGACUCCUGAAGCGCGCCAAAUCAGAAAUCCGGGAGCUGUAUCAGAUCCUCGAGGUCGACUUUCACCCUCUAUCUAUCUGUAAAAAGAUAUCGCCUAUCCUCGCACAAAUUGGCGCAGAUCCCGAAAUGGAGAAAUAUGUGCUGCCUUUACAGCAAGUCAUAUUGACGAGGUUGUUCCAGCAGUUGUCGCAGGUCUAUGAGUCUGUGGAACUGAGCUAUGUGCACCAGCUCGCCCAAUUCCCCGAACCCUUCCAGAUAACCGCCGCCUCCAUCGAGAAGUUCAUCAUGAACGGAUGCAAGAAAGGCGACCUGGCAAUCCGGAUCGAUCAUGCUACUGGCGUUCUUACCUUCGACUCGGAUGUCUUCUCGUCCGCAAAAGCUCUUCACCCUGGGAGCGGCUCUGGCUCCGCAGAGAGUGAGACAAGUUCCGUUCAACGGUUGCAGCGCACCCCAGCGGAAAUCGUUCGCUCCCAGCUCACUCGCUUAGCAAAGACACUCUAUGUCACCUGUCAAUACGUUGAUCCCGAGUAUAACGAGGCUCGGCAACAGGCUAAGGCUGCAGCACUCUCGAGAGCGCAAGCCGGUGCCGAACAAGAGCACCAGGAUACUUUGGCAAGACGAGCCAUCAUAGAGAAGAAGAAGGAGCUGGCCUCUGACGCGCUCCAGAAGAAGCAGAAGGAGGAAGAGACGCGGAAGCGGAUCGUUGCUCAACAGCGCCAGGAAGCCGAGGCUUUGCGAUUAGCGGAAGAGCACAAAGAGCGCGAACGUAAACGUAUGAAGGAUGAACAAGAUCGCAUUCGCCGGGAGAAUAACGAGAAAGAGCUCAGUGACCUUGUAAAGAAAGGCAUCAACAUUGGAGAUGUCGAUGUGAAAGAUCUCGAUAGCAACCAACUUCGGCUUCUGAGGAUCUCUCAACUUGAGAAGGAAAAGAACGAUCUUUUCAAGAAUCUUAGAGUCACCGGAAAGCGAAUCGAUCACUUGGAGCGCGCCUUUAGGAAGGAGGAGAUCAAGCUUUUGCCAAAAGACUACGAGGCACAACGUGAACGUGACGUUGCUGCUUAUGAGCAAUCGAAAGCAGAGACGUUGAAGGAGUCGGAGCGAAAGCACAGGGAGGACGUGUCGCUCAAGCAUCGGCUUAGUCGGCUGCUGCCAGUUUACGAACAGUUCCACAAGGACCUCAAGGAGCGUCGUCAUGAUGAAUUUGAAAAGCGGAGGAAGGCAGCGGAUCGAGAAUUCCAGAAUGCCGUAGACAAGCGAAAGCGUGAAGCGCGUGAACGAAAAGCUCGCGAACAGAGGGAACAUGAAGAGGCUGAGAGGCGAGCUCAGGAGGAAGAGGAGAGGAUUGCCCGAGAAGCCGAGGAAAAGGCAGCUGCCGAAGAAGAGAAGAAGCGUCUAUUGGCAGAGGCUAGGACGAAGAGAGAAGCGGAACGAAGAGAACUUGACGAUAAAGCUGCCCCUCAACGCCAGAAAGAUGAGGCGGCAGAAGCUAAGAUUAAAGGUAGAAGCGGUGCACGUCUUCCAGAACGCCCAACGCCUAUCCGACCUGCCGAACCAGCACGCACCGAAUCUUCCGAGCGGCCAUCAGGGCCUCCAAAGCUUGCCCUUGCCGGUAGCAAACCCACGUGGAGAGACAGGGAAGCCGCGCGCAAACAAGCAGAAGCUGCAGGAGGUGCCCCUCAACCUGCCGCUCCACCAACAGAUAUUGCCACCGAGGAAGUUCAAUUGCCGAAGAAUACUGGUGGAUAUGUGCCACCAGCCCGUCGUCCAGGCGACACUGCUCCUCGUGGCCGGAGUGAUGCAGCACCAUCCCCUGCUCCUCGAGACGAAAUUUCUGGCGCACAGCCACCUCCAAAAUGGCGCCCUGGUGGUCCGCGUGAUGGAUUAGGGCGCGAUGGUUCGCCAGCUGACAGACCUACACCCAGGUUCUUGGAUGGGUUGAGGGGUGCUCCAGGUAGGGAUUUGAGUCCUGCUGACGGUGGGAGACCUGUUUCCUCAUCUGGAACAGCGAGGACAGAGAGUCCAGCCAAUGAAAAGCCUGCACCUGGGAAGUAUGUGCCCAUGCAUCUGAGAAACAAGGGGUGA